AUGCAUGUGGUGAGUGGAUUGCAUAUGGCAUCUCCAACUUCCAUUGUUUACACUGGAAAUGGAAUAACUGCUGUGGUGGGAUUCAUUACAGAUGUGAAUGACGAUCAUUUAUUGGAUUUUGUUGUUGCUUAUUAUCAGAGAGAUUAUAACUUUGCGAGUCAGGUGAUUUAUCUCAAUAACGGUUGUGGAUAUGUUCGACAUUCGAAUCCUUUUGAGCCUUUAGUCUAUUGCAAACAACAUUUUCUGAAUCAAAUCAUGAUCAAGUGGGAGGCAGACCCACCGGUGAUCACACUCCACAUUCCAAAUGAUACUUUCUCUGGUGUGAUUGCUUUGCCUUAUCAUCCCAUUGAAAUACCUGCCAUUAUCUUUGCAAUGAGCGGAGUCAAGAUUGAAACGCACAUGGAAAAGUUUUUUAAGGGAAAUUUACCUAUUCAAUAUCAUGCCAUUUCGAAAGGAGAUGAGAUUUACGUUGGACAACCUGGACCUCCUUCGAAACCUUCCUCGCCCACCUCAAUGAUGAAUGGUGACGAUGAAGAAGAGGAUCAGAGAAAUGGAAAUGGGUCAUCCACCACAUUGCCCUACUCUGGAACAGGCACAGGUGCUUCUCACUUUUACUAUGGCAGUUCAGGACAACCCAGUAGUGAUGUCGUGAGUUCGAGUGGACAAGUCACAGGCGGUCAACAUCAACCUGGAGUUAUUCCUGCCCCGCAUGGAAAGAAUGGUUAA